AUGAAAAAGCCUUCCAACGUUACGUUGCUCCCUGCAGACGAAGCAGAAGCCGUGGAAUUCGUCGCACCUAUACUUUUGCGACAAUGGGAGUUCGUUGAAUUGGCGACGCAGAAGAAGGCGAACUACUGGGUCAGAUCGCAGGUACCUAAAAAGUAUUUCGUCUCGAUGUACAGACGAAGAGAUGACGGAGGUAAUGAAAAUUGUGCAGAGCCAUGUUGCGGAUAUUUAGCUCAGCAUGUGGAUCCUGAUGAACAACUGUAA